GUGUAUACUUCUUUAAUAUAAAAUGCCAAACAGAAGGAGAAAUGACAGCACGAGAGAUGAUUUACUGUAAAUCUGUAAGCCACUGGCAAGAAACAACUGUACUUAAGUUUCGUUAUUUCUCGAAAUUCCUGCAAUUUAAUGCAUGACGUAACAGACGAUAAUUGCUGCCCCACUCUUGAACCUCAAAUCACACCUUAGACACACUGCUGAGCUUUUCCUUCAAGGGAAAAUAAAAAUAUAUAAGUAUAAUAAAAGUUUCCUGAUAUCGGCCAGAGUUGACUUGUAGUAGAGUAAUAUAAGAAACCGUGACAAGUUCCCAGGCUGUGCUUUCAGCCAUUGGAGGAUGACCACAUUAGUACCAAGCAACCGCGGGAGCAGACGUCCACAUCCCGCCUCCUCUGCUCCCUCUCCCGUGUUUUUAUUGGAUGCCAGGCUUUGCCCCGUCCACGCACGUUAGGUUGUUCUGCAGCGUUCAGAAGCUCAAUUGAUGGGCGUACGGAGCUGUUUGUGUUUGCAGUGACGGGAGAUUUAACCUUUCGCGUUUUAUUUUAGCAAUCAAAUUCAUGUUCUUCCUCCCUCUCAGUGUUUUUUGCCUGUUUUCCACGGCGACACCUUUCCUGAAGCUCGGCUUUUUUUCCCUCGCCGUGCGCGGUGACAAGUAGCGGGUUUAGACGAUGCUUAUUGCGGCGGUGUGAACAAGAAGCUUGAAGACUGGAUAACAACACAAGCUUGUACAUCCUUAGGAACCACACAGUCUCAAAGUGUUUAUUUGUUUCCUCCGGAUGCGGUUCUUUUUUAGGCUUACCCUUCCAGCACGCACGGGCCAACGAGACACCGCGGAUACUUCGGCAAGAAUCGGGGCUGAAAUGCACCUGCCUGAUAGGAGAAGCAACCGGAGCACAUGGAAAUCUCCUCUCUGGACCUCAGCCUGAACUCACAUCUGUUUUUUGUUUUUUGUUUUGUUUUAAUGAAAACAUUACAUCGAUAUGGGAAUUCCACAGCUCAUAAUCCAGAGGUUUUUUUUUAAUAACAGCCGAGUGUGAGGAUGAAAGCUGAUCGCCCCUCCUCUCCCUGGACUUAAAUAUAGAUAAAAACGCGCUCCAUCUGAAUCCACUGCUCGACACUGGAAACCAGAGUCUCAGCUGUGUUGUGUUUCAGCGGUGGUUAACAAAGGAGGGCUGAGCUGAGGGCUGUGACAUUUGGUUGAUGGACACCUUAACCUUUCCCAGAGCCGGCUGCCACUCAGUGCAGCUCCAGUGUCACAUGUCUCCGAGGGCCCUUUAAUUUCAUUUGCACUCAUUGGGAAAGAUUAAAUCAUCCCUCACCCCCCCCCGGCUCUCUGUGUGCUCUGCACGGUCUUCUCUGCUGCACUGUCCGAUCACAUCUACGCAUGGGAACUCCUCUUCUCUCUCCCUGCUCUCUGACACUUCACUGUGAGUGAUCUGCAGAUGAAACAGUAAUCGGGGAUUUGUGUAGAUUAUCGUCCGACUGCUAUUUUCUGUUCGUCGGGUAUAAAACCCGCAGCCUUUUCCCUGCUGCCUGCUGGAAACUUGUCCCGUUUGCAAGUCACACUUUUCGUAGGUGGAAGGAGAAGCCGGGUGGCAUUGAGGAGCAAUGACCACCACCACAGAGGGGUCCGGACUCAGAUCUGAUGAUGUGACGACCGUGCUGUUGCUGUCACUUUGUGGAUGCGGCACAAUGAGAAGCGCUUAGGUGCCAGGUUUUACGCACGCCACCUGGCGUGUUUUUUCAGUGACGUUUGUUUGGUCUGUCUUUAUAAGAACAACUAAACUCAGCAGCCGCUACUAGUUCUGACAUUCUAGGUUGCAGAUACCUGAGGAUGUUCGAGUCAGGAUGCUGCGCUUCCCGGUGAAGAAGAUCCGGAAGCAGUUCAAGCUCCUGCUGCUGCUGGUUCUGCUCACCUCCGCCGUGUGGUUCACCUACCUGCACAUCAACCAAGGCAAGACCAUCAAACUCCACUUCAACUACGGGAAAGAUGGUGAGAGACAGACGGAGGGGACAGACACCGGUCGCAAGAGGGACACACGCUCCUCAGCCGGCCAUCACAAGAGUGAGGACACGAGUGACAGCAGGGAGGAUGAGGCAGCUGAUGAAGAGCCAAUCCCAGGAGGGCGUGACGGCAGAGGCCAUGCUCGUAUCCGAUUGUUCCUCAGUGAGCACCACAAGAAAUUGCCAUGGAAACCAGAGUAUAAAGGCCUUGCCAAUCUGCAUGUGUUUGAGGACUGGUGUGGCUCCUCCAUAGCCCAACUCAGAAAGAACCUGCACUUCCCUCUUUACCCGCACACCAGAACUACUGUGAAGAAGCUGGCAGUGGCUCCAAAGUGGAAGAACUAUGGCCUGAGAAUAUUUGGCUUCCUUCACCCUUACAGAGAUGGUGACUUCCAGUUCUCGGUGUCAUCAGAUGAUAACUCCGAGCUCUGGCUAAGUCCUGAUGAAAACCCUCUCAAUGCCAGGCUGUUAGUCUACGUAGGAAAGCUGGGUACAGAGUGGACUGCUCCAGGCGAGUUCAGCAAGUUCAGGUCCCAAUCUUCUAACUCUGUACACUUGAUAUCAUCCAGAAGAUACUACUUUGAGCUCCUUCACAAACAGGAUGACAAGGGCUCCGAUCAUGUGGAAGUCGGGUGGCGUCCAUUCCUGCCUGGUUUGAAAUACGAGGUGAUAGACUCAGCCUACAUUUCCCUCUACACAGACGAGUCUGCCCUGAAGAUGAACAGUGUGGACCAUAUACCCCAGACCUUGGCAAGUCACAUCCGUCUCCCAGAGGAGUCUCCGCCUCAGGGCCAUGGAGAAGGCAACGGCAUGCAGCACGGAGCAGAUAUGCUAAAGCCGGACCCUCGGGACACAUUCUACAGCACUCCGUUGAUUGACCCCUCUCGUCUGGAAAAUGUCCUGCCCGCCUGUCUCUACUCCCCGACCUAUGUAGUCAAAGACUUCCCCAUCGCCAGAUACCAGGGCCUGCAGUUUGUUUAUUUUUCCUUUGUUUACCCCAACGACUUCACCCGUCUUACCCACAUGGAGCAGGAGAACAAGUGUUUCUACCGAGAGUCUCCUAUCUACUUAGCCAAAUUUGGUUUCUACAAAUAUAUGAAGAUGGAUGAAGAGGAGGAUGACAGACCAUUCUUCUUCCCCAACCCAGAUGAUUUCCUGGAGGAAGAGGAGGUGGUAGAAGCCGAAGAUCAGGAAGAGAUUGUUGGCACAAAGUCACCUAGAAGGUUGUCUCAUUCCAGCCAAACCACCCACACCUCCAACCCUUCACAUCAUCACUCAAAGCCUGGGCCCACACGGGCUAGCAGGGAAGGAGAGGAAGAGGUGGAGCCUCAUGGAGAAGAAGUAGAUGAAGAUGAAGCAGAAGGGAGAGCUGACAACAGAAUAAUUCACCAAAGAGACCGCAGACGCAUUUUUCACAGACACCGACACGAGAACGAGGAUCUGGACACGGACUGGGGACGAGACCACACAAGAGAAAACAUCAAACAAGACCUGAGGAAAAGACUUGACAAACUCCAACCCAGGCUGCCUGAGCCUGCUAUUGACAGAGUGCUCCACGGGCGCUCGUUGUCCUGGGUCCAUGCUGAUCCUGUAGAGCAGGGCCUUGGCAGGAAUGGGAGGAGAACAGAGGGAGGAGGAGGAGGAGAAAAAGGAGUGGAAACUCCACCUAAACUAAACAAGUCGUCUUUUCUUUUAACCCAAAAGGCCUCCCUCUCUGCCCUCGCUAGUCGUGCCAAGCAGAUCAUCAAUAACUCCGCCCAUAACAACAGCCCUUAUUAUAUCAAUAAGAAACCCACUGUUACAAAGAAGGAGGAAAACAAGAUCUACAUCACUAGGCCGCGGCCUGCCAAGGAGAGGGAGAAGGAGCAGCAUCGAGAAAGGAAGGAAGACAGGCUGUACCGACACCCGAGAGAGGUGUUUCCAGGUGUCUUUCUGUACCAAACGGGGAAAACCACAAGGCUGGUCAACCUCGGUGCCAGAGGACACACUUUGGGAAUGGGCAGUAAGAACCCCGUAACUGUCCCAAAGCUCUGGCCUCUCACGCCUACAAAAGUGAGUAAAACGUCUCCUCAUAACAGUGUACAUAAGUCUGUCAGGAGGAUGGUUGGAGCUAAUCAGCCAGAAAAAAAGAAGAGGAAAGAGGAACAUGUGGAUUUAAAGACUACUGCCACCAGUGAUCUGUCCAACACAGAGCACUUACUAAACUCCCUGUCCUUCCACCAAAACCAUACUUCAGUGACCACGCCGAGGUUUAACUCCACAGUUAACUCACUACAGAGUCCCACGAGGGUCACCUCUUACCUCAGGCUCUCAGAAAUCACAGAGUCUCAACAGCAGCCAGACCCAAACCCAAACCUGACAGAGACCGACCAGGAUAUGACUCACUUCAUUCCUGAACCUGACGAUGAGCUGCCAGACUACAGCUACGAGGAAGCCGACACGCAGCCAGGCUGGGCAGAGGAGAGCAUCAACUGGCAACGGACCUUCUCAGUCAAUCCUAUUGACUUUGAGCAGCUGCGAUCAGACUGGAAUGAUCUACGCUGCAACGUGUCUGGCAACCUGCAGCUGGCCGAGAGCGAGGUAGUGGACGUGCUUGCCCAGUACAUGGAGAAGCUGAAUGAACGCAACGGAGGGAUCUAUACCCUGCUGAGAAUUAUAAACAUUGAGAAACGACGUGACUCAGCCAGAGGGAACCGUUACCUGGUGGAACUGGAGCUGAUAGAAAGAGGUCGCAGUGUGGUGCGUCUGUCGGAGUACAUUUAUCUUCUGCUCCACCGUGGAAGACAAGGGGACGAAAGUCUGGAGAACACCGACUCUGCGCCGGCCUCAGCUCCAGGUUUUGCACCCUCCUCUGCCACAGCCAGUCUAAACACCACACACCAGCCUCCUUCCACCAAGGCAACCUCCCGACCGGGGGCUACGCCCAUGAGCACUGCCUUUGCUAAGCCUCUGCUCUGCCAGCCGGUCAUGCUGCAGUGGAGAAGAGAUGUCAUGGUUCACUUUGUCGUGCCAGUGAAAAACCAGGCUCGGUGGGUGCAGCAGUUUAUCUCUGACAUGGAGAACCUUCAUCGACAGACCAAGGAUGACAAUUUCAGCAUCAUCAUCGUGGACUUUGAAAGCGAAGACAUGGACGUAGAGCAGGCUCUUAAAGACAGCGGCGUGCCAAGAUACGAGUAUCUGAGGAGGGAGGGGAACUUUGAGCGCUCAGCGGGGCUGCAGAUGGGAGUGGACUCCAUCGAGGAUAGUCACAGCAUCGUGUUCCUCUGUGAUCUGCACAUCCACUUCCCUCUCAACAUCCUGGAAAGCAUCAGAAAGCACUGCGUCGAGGGACGCCUGGCAUUCGCUCCUAUCGUCAUGAGACUCAGCUGCGGCAGCUCACCGCAGGAGCCUAAUGGUUAUUGGGAAGUGAAUGGCUUCGGUCUUUUUGGAAUCUACAAGUCCGACUUUGAUAAGAUUGGAGGGAUGAACACAGAGGAAUACAAAGAUCGCUGGGGUGGAGAGGACUGGGAGCUGCUGGACAGGGUGCUGCAGAAUGGCUUGGAAGUGGAGAGACUGCGUUUGAGGAACUUCUUUCAUUACUACCACUCAAAACGAGGGAUGUGGAAUGCCCAAAAUAAAAAAACUCCUAAGGGUUAAUGCUCCCUGCUGGGGGAAGUAUCUGAGAACCUAUCUGCAGAUCCACUGUGUGAGAGGGAGGGGCCAACAGCAGCUCCUCACUUCCUGAUCUCUGCCUUUACAAACCAGGCUCCUUUCACUGACACCUGGGUUUCACUGUCGGCUCCUCUUUUACAGCUGUCUGUAUGAACAGGCCAAACUCAAACUUUUUGAAGUGAUGGCUUCAUGCAGACACAUCUGAGUCAUCACUGUGUCUCACUGACUGUUUUACUGUACAGAGAGAAGGGAGUUAUUUUUAAUCUUCUCCUCUCUGCACUCUUUUUGCUCCAAAGUUUUCAGACGGAGCUCUCAGACUAACUGGAAAGCAGCUGUCUGUCUGUGGGUGUACAAGGUUGUGUGUGUGUGGGGGGAGUGUUUGUUUGUGUGUGAGUGUGUGUGUGUGCUGUGGGGGGGGUGACGCUUUUGUGUGUUUUGUGUGCAGGAAGCACCUUUUUCUAACACGGGGAUGUGAAGACAACCUAAGAUCUUUUUCUAACCAGCUUUUAUGAGGAUCGAUUCAAAUACAGUGGUGGGUGAGGUUUAAUUAGAGGAACUCUGGCUGUGGCAGCAUUUCUUAACACAUAAACUAUAGGGGUGCAAUCAUACACACAAUUCACGGUUCGGUCCGGUUCAAUACUUAAGUGUCAUGGUUUGAUAUAUUUUGGAUACAAAGAAGUAAACUUUCCAUGCCUUUUUUGUAAAGUUUUGAAUUUAAAUUAAAUGUAUCUGUUGCAGCUAUACCUGCCUCCUGUUCUGCUGUGCGUACGUAAAGUUAGAAUAUUAAUAAUAAAAUAAAUUAAUCUGAUAAAUUAUCCAUUUUCUGUGGUGCAUUUUACGCAGCAGAGUUUAUAUUUAAAAUAAAUAGUUCACUAAAUAAACAAAAACUAUCUUAUUCAGUAAUAUAAAUAGAGAUGUCAAAACACCACCUUAGAGAUUCUUUAAGGUAUCAUGGCAAGCCACCUUAAAAAACACAGCUUAGUGGAUCUGCGCUCGACAAUGCACUCUAAGGAGGAGUAGUCGAGUGCAGAUCUACUCAGCUUUCAGCCCAAGGUGCAGCGUUCAAAGUUGAUCAAAUAAAUAUAUAAUUGCAUAUUGUUCAAUUCUUAGUGCAUACCGAACCGAGACCACUGUACUGAACCGAGUGGUUCAAUACAGAUACAUGUAUUGUUGCACCCCUAAUAAACUACUACCUGUUGAAUAUCAUUACUGCACUGUUUUCCAACCAUUUUUGAGCCACAGCACAUAUUUUACAUUUGAAAAAUCCCAGAGCACAACGCCAAAAAAAAUGUCAGAAAACGUAUGUAAUGAAAUAUAAAGAACUUCUAGUUUUGAUCAACUCACAAUUUACUUAUUCAGUAUAAAUCCAAGGUCUGUUUAGUUGUGCAAAACACUGCUAUACUCACAGGAAUUGAAGAACGACCCACUUGAAGUUUUUAUAGCUGCCACCUAAUGGACUAGUUUAAUUCUACACAGUCCAGUACUGGUGAGAGGCCAGGGAAUUCCCAUUGGAAUAACCAAUUUCUUUUAAUCAGAGACUCAGAGUUGAUCACCUUUAGCUCUCUACGUGGCCCACCAGGACCAACCCAAACAUCUGCUCCUCAGUUUUCUUCUUUUUGUCUCACUCUGACUUCAUAAUCCAGGGUUAAAACAAACUGAAUUUUCUUCUUUCUUCUGCUGUUUUGUAAAACAGAAGUGCACCCAAAAGAAGCUGUUGCUAAUAAUUUGGUGGUCAACACAAAUUUGUUCUGCUGCUUUUGUGGGGUUUUGUUUAAUUUAUUUUAAAAUGGGUUUUAAUUUGCUGUAUCUGUUCUAACGUGUUUUGUACGUCAUUUACACUUAACACAAUAGAGAAGGAGAGAGAUUAAACUUCUACUGCUGACUGGAACACUUAACUGUGACAGAAGGUUCGCAGUGGAAUGUUCUUGUGACUCGGUUUUCAUCCCAUGCCUUUGUUCACCGUCAGAUUCAAAUGUGGUUUUGAGGUAAAAACACGGAGGAAAGGGUUAAACUUGUAUUGGACACUAUGUGGUUGUUUCACAACUGUGUGCCUUUAUCAGGGGUUGGGCUGCAGGCAGUUUUUUUCUCUAAUAACUAAUGACAGUAGGAUGAAAAUAAAUUAUUUAUCAACAGUUUGUAUUGUCACUGUACUUCAGAUACACUGUAACGGGGGAUGUGUGGUUAUCUUCAAUGGGUUCCAGACGUGUCUGUCUUUGUCAUGCUGUUAAAACGCAGAGGGUGUGGUUGUUGUGAGCCAUUUGUCCUCAGUGGUGAAGUAGGGUUGGUUUAAUGACUACUAAAAGAACAGAAGGUGUGACGGAGCCUCAGUGGCAGCUGCUGUUUAGUGAGAAAUCCUCUUGUUUCUGGUUCUUUCAUCGUGGCUGUGGGGGCUCACGGUUGGACAGAUGUAGGUGGAGACCAGCCAGUAAUCUUGGAUUUACUGCACAGUUUUUAAUAACGCCCUCUAACACUCGCUUAUUGCCUUUGCGGGACUUGGAGUUGGAGUGAAUAAUAAUAAUAUAAAUAAAUAUAUACAUAUAUAUAUGUAUCUAUAUAUAUGAAACACAAAAAUGAAAAAUGGAAUAGUGCAUUCCAACGUAAUUUCUGGGAAAUUGUUUUGUAGACAAAUGGUUUUAUGAAUGUAUUGUAAUUUUAUUUUCAUCUGUUGUUUUUUUUUGCAAAUAAAGUUUUCUGCUUACAGCCAA